GUUCGACAAUGAGGCUGAUCUCUUAAUUAAGCAUCUUUAUAGGUCAUUUUUCGUUCUAGAUUUUUCCCUACUUUUGCUCUCACACAAGUUGUUCUAAACUUCGGGGACAAGUAUUGUAUUUAUCUUCAAACGCGUCGAUCGCGCUAAAAUAGUGAUACAGAGUUAAACUACCUGGUCUACCAUUGGGGAAGCAAGGAAGAUGGCGCUUCAGUGGAUGAUUCUGACCUAUGUGGUAGCUGCAGAGGCGGCCAUUGCUGUUUUGCUCACUCUUCCCUCACCCAAAUUCCUCAAGAACCGCUUUGUCUAUUUAAUUUCCCUCAUUCUUCAACCCGCUCUCUUCAUUGUUCCCUUCUCUGCCUUUCAGCUUCUCGAUAUCUACUGGAAGAAUGAGCAUCGAUUGAUGUGUACUUCGGAGGUCUGUACUGCUGCUGAGAGAGACCGAUAUGAGAAAUCUAUCUACAAAGCCCAGAAAAACGUGAUACUGUGCGUUGCAGCAUGUCUUCUCUACUGGUCUAUAUACCGUAUUUGUAAGUAUCAGAAGGACAUCCGGAGUCUGGAGGAAGUGGAGAAAAGAUACAAGGCUCAGUAGCUUUCAUUGAGAUCCCAUGGUGUAAUUGAUGGGUUUAGUUGAACUUGAAGCCCAAAUGAUGCUGUUGAUAAUACUCUAUAUGUGAUUGAGUUUCAUUUUUUUCCUUCAAAAAUUACGAUUUCGUUGGACUUCAUAUGUGCAUAUAUGUUUCCAGUUUAAUCUUCAUUUUCUAGCUGAACGUGCUGUUUCAUGAGUACAAUAAUUUUCUUCUCACUUCAA